AUGGUACUUGUUCGCGGCUUGGCCCGUCAACUGCUGCUCUGCCUCAAGCGCACAGAUAUCGACCAGGCGCACGAGCUUCCCUGUGCCCGACCAAAGCGCAACUCUCUGAACCCUCACCACUUCAACAUCGACAACCUCCAGCCCACGGCCAAGGUCACACCGGCCCUACUCAUGCCACCCAAGCGCAAGACGACAGAUGACGGCACAGCCACGGGCCAUUCCGAGAAGAAGACGAGGGCUGUCAGGAAAGGCAAAAGUACUGCAUCGGGCAAUGAUUUAGUCUACAGUUCCCAGCAAAAGGCUGCUAUUCAGCAAUUCAUGAACUUCACUCAGCUCGACCGUAACUCAGCGAUAAGGGCGCUGAAGAGCUACGGGUGGGACGCCCAGAGCGCCGUAAACGCGUAUGUAUAA